UUUAAAUUUGGACAUAUGACAGAACACCACCCACAGAAUUCGCUUUCCAGUUUCCUCCACAAAAGCUCAUCACAACACCAAUCUCUUCCUUCAGGUAUUAUACCCAACUCCACUUCUUCCCACGGAAAUUAAACAGUGAUCACAGAUCGAUGGCCGAUUCAACGCCGCUUCUUCCCGAGUCUAACUCGGCGAACUCGGAAAAGCACCUCUCCCCCUCCCUCGACGACGCCAUUGAGCACUGCAUCGGCCAAUUCGGCACAACCCAGUUCCUGCAAGCCCUCCUCGUCUCCCUCGCCUGGGCCUUCGACGCCCAACAGGCCUUCAUAAGCAUCUUCGCCGACGCCGAUCCCUGCUGGCACUACACCACCCAACCACCCACCGACUCCUCCUGCAACUCCCCUGCCACGACCGUCUGCCGCCUCCCCCCGACCUCCUGGGCCUGGGACCGCUCCGCAACCUUGUCCACUGUCUCCGAGUGGGCCCUACAGUGCUCCGGGCCUGUUGUCGCCGGCCUACCCGCCUCCUCCUUCUUCGUCGGCUGCCUCGUCGGCGGAAUCGUCCUCUCCUCGCUCUCUGACUCGUCGCUGGGUCGCAAGACGACUCUCCUCCUCUCGUGCCUACUCAUGUCUCUCACCGCUCUGCUCACCGCCUUCUCCCCCAACAUCUGGGUCUACUCCGCCCUCAAAUUCGUCGUCGGGUUUGGCCGCUCCGCCGUCGGCGGCUGCGCCAUCGUGCUGUCGACGGAGACAGUCGGGAAACGGUGGCGCGGCCAAGUAAGCAUCAUCGGAUUCUUCUGUUUCACGCUAGGGUUUCUGUCGUUGCCGGCGAUAGCCUUCAUCAAUCGCGGCUCGUCGUGGCGGCUCCUCUACCUCUGGACUUCGAUCCCCACUCUCUUCUACUGUGUACUAAUCCAUUUCUUUGUUCGUGAAUCUCCGCGGUGGCUCUUCGUGCAGGGACGCAGAGAAGAAGCCAUAGCCACCUUAAAAAGCAUAGCCGCGAAAAAGAACCUAACCGUGAGCUUCUCCGGCGUGGAACCCAUCAUUAACGACGACGCAAGGUCGUCGCUAGAACUGCUUUUGGGAAAGAGAUGGGCUUUGCGGCGGUUAUCGGGGGUUAUGGCGGUUGGUUUCGGGCUGGGGAUAGUCUACUACGGCAUGCCGCUGGCGGUGGGGAGCUUGCCGUUCGAUCUGUACCUGAGCGUGACGUUAAACGCGCUGGCGGAGUUCCCAGCGUCGCUGGCGACUUUGCUGUUGAUAAGGAGGUUGAGCCGGCGGAGCGGGGUGGCGGCGUUUUGCGGGGUGAGCGGGGUGUGCAGCGUGGCUUGCGCAUGGGCGGGUGGCGCAUGGACGGUGGGGCUGGAACUGGCGUCGUUCUUCAGUGCGUGCACGGCGUUCAACGUGGUGUUUAUAUACACGGUGGAGCUGUUUCCGACGUGCGUGCGGAACUUGGCGAUGGCAAUGGUGAGGCAGGCGGUCGUGGUGGGAGGAGUGUUCAGUCCGGCAGUGGUGGCGGCGGGGAGGAGGAAAGGGUGGUGGUGGUCAUACGGGGUGUUCGGGGUGAUGAUAGGGUGUUGUGGGCUGUUCGCGAUGUGUUUGCCCGAGACGAAGGGGAGACUACUCAGUGAUACUAUGGCGGAAGAAGAGGAGAUGAAUGGUACUGCAGCGACAGCGGCUGCCGUGUAGCUUGAACUGUGGAGCCUGUAAUUGGAAUAAUCUGGCCACGCAAAUAUUAAUAUUUUAACCCCAAGCAGACCUAUUUUUAUUUGUUGUAGUGUCUAAUUAAUUAAUUUAGGGUUGAAGAAUCAUCCCUUAAUUUAUUA